AUCUCCAUCUCCAUUCCAUCUCUUCAUACAACAAACUCGGUCGCAUAACCAAAACAUAAUUCUCCACAAUCGUUCUCCAUCACCAUUUUUGUCCUUUCCAAUCGUUAUCUAGUGCCAAGCACACAGGGAAAACGCGUGCACACGUACUGUACCCUACUCCUUUAGAUUGUGAAUCUUGAAUCUGUACCCAAAAAUCAUCUAUUACUUUCCCAUCGCCAACAUCUUUGAAGAAUCAUCUCACCAACUCACCCACUCUUCAACAAACAAAUAAGUCGCAAUCAUGACGGAGGAAAAAGUUCGAGUUUCUGGAGAGGUCUCCAGAUCUGCAGAUUCUCCUGUCCUUCCUAUAGUUAACCCUGCCGCCGAGAAAUCAGAGCCUCCAAAGGCUGCUGUACACCCAGCAUUUUAUGUUAUGUUAGUUUGACAUCCAAUCAUCAAUUUGAAACGCCAUCUUGCUGACCUCCUCAAAGGACAUGGAUUUUCUUCAGCUCCAGUGUGAUUCUAUUCAACAAAUGGAUCUUGUCGACAGUCGGAUUCCGUACGUUCUUCUUGGUUCCCUCCUGCGAUUCAUCAUUCUUCCUUGCGACCAUCAAUUAACAGCUCUGCAGACUUUCCAAUCUUCCUCACAUCAUGGCAUCUUGGAUUUGCGACUUUGAUGACUCAAAUUCUUGCACGUACGACCAAUCUUCUCGAUGGACGAAAGACGGUUAAGAUGACGGGUCGCGUAUACUUGAGAGCUAUUGUGCCAAUUGGAAUCUUCUUCAGUUUAAGUUUGAUCUGCGGAAACUUGACAUAUCUAUAUCUUAGUGUUUCCUUCAUUCAGAUGCUCAAGGUACGUCGGAAAGUUAGAGAUUCUGCUGCAGGAUGCUAACCCUUAAUUAUAGGCUACCACUCCUGUCGCCGUCUUGCUCACCAGUUGGGCCCUUGGAGUUGCCGAGCCCAACAUGAAAACCCUCUUCAACGUCUCCUUCAUUGUCAUCGGUGUCGUUAUCGCAUCCAUUGGAGAGAUCGACUUUGUUGUCAUUGGUGUUCUAUUCCAAAUUGGUGGUAUCAUUUUCGAAGCUAUUCGAAUUGUCAUGGUUCAAAGACUUCUCAGCUCUGCCGAGUUCAAGAUGGAUCCAUUGGUAUCCCUUUACUAUUUUGCCCCAGUUUGUGCCAUUAUGAACUUUGUCGUCGCACUUUUCUGGGAAAUCCCAACCAUGACCAUGGGUGAUUUCUACAAUGUCGGUUUCUGGACUUUGUUGGCAAAUGCUAUGUGCGCAUUCAUGUUGAACGUUUCCGUUGUAUUUUUGGUAAGCUAAAUUCAUUUAAGAAUUUAGGAUCCAUAACUAACAAUAUCUCUUUAGAUCGGUAAAACUUCCGUUCUCAUCUUCACCCUCUGCGGUGUUUUGAAGGAUAUCCUUCUCGUCUGCCUUUCCGUCAUCAUCUGGGGAACUUUUAUCACUCCUCUUCAAUGCUUCGGUUAUGCCAUUGCUUUAGGUGGAAUGGUCUGGUUCAAGCUUGGGGCUGAAAAGAUUAAGACUUAUCUUGCUGAAGGUGGACGUCAAUGGGCAGAUUUCGGUUCCCGUCGACCAAUCCUUCGCAAAGUUAUCGUCCUUGGUCUUAUUGUUUCAACCAUCUUUUUCCUACUAGGUGGAUUCGCUCCUUCAUAUGACAUUCACGCAAGCGAAUAUAUCAACGCAGCCAAAAAUGCCGUUGGAAGCUCAUAAGUUUCCUUGUAGGAUACAUUAUUGAAGCACCCUUUUCGCUUCGAUAAUGAAUAAGAGAAGUUUGGGGUAUAACAUUCUAUUGUAAACCAUAAAUCAUAUGGUUCAAUGGGUUGGAUCAAUUGAACCUUGAGAUGUCUUUGAAAAGUACAUAUUACCAUGGGCUGCGCCUUUAGAUGGAUGCAUGUUGUGCUUUCAGGUCAUUCAUAUGUGGUGUAUGACACCAUAAAGUAGCUAAGUUGGCUCGAACUUGUCUGUUGGCACAUUUAUAUUUCAAAAUGACCUUCCUGCUUUGUAAAUUUUAGAUGGGGACUUUUUUUCCCUCUUUUUUCGAAGCGUUUACAAUUACUAUAUUUGAAAUGAAAGUAGAUGAACAUGGAUGGAUUGAUGGAUGGAUCGGAUGUAUGUAUGUAUGUAUAAAUAAGGGAUGGUGUAAGAUCUUGAGGUCAGUGAUAUAGUAUGACAUGA